AUGGCACCAGGCGUCAGGCCCAAGACAGCAGCAGCAGUAACAUCUGCUGCUGCAGGUAAAGCAGCAGAAGUAGCUGCAGCAGCAACAGCAGCAGAUAUAACUCCAUCUGCAGCAGAUGCAGCAGCAGCAACACACUCAACAGCAACAGAGGAAGGCAACACAUCUACACAUGACACUGGGGGGAAGAGAAGUGACACCGCAGAUGCUGACACAUGCAGCAGCAGCAGCAGCUGCAGCAGCAGCAGCAGCUACGGCAGCAGUAGCAGCAGAAACAUUAACAGUAGUAGCAGUAGCAUCAGUAGCAGUAGCAACAUCAAUAAGUCAAUCAGGGACGAGCAGCAGCAGCAGCAGCAACUGUAUGAGCAACAGUAUGACCAGCAGCAGCAGCAGCAGCAGCAGCAGCAGCAGCUGCAGCAGCAGGACUCCUUCGCUGAUGGCGAGGCAUUCCCCUCCUUAGAGGAACAAAGUAGGCAGCUGCAGGAGGCGAGGGCAUCAAUGCAGCAGCAGCAGGAGAGGAAGAGGCAGCAGCAGCAACAACAGCAGCAGCAGAAACAGCAGCAGCUGCAGCAAGAAGCUGAGGAAGCUGCAGAAGAUGCAGAAGAUCUAGAUAGUCUAGAAGACGCUUGCUGCAG